GAGGAGGCGCUGGAUAGUGCGCAUGAUCGCGAGUAAACACAGAGCACUUGGCAACCUGAAUUCAUCAUUUCCACAGCUUUUCACUUUGGACUGGAGGGGAUAAUUACUGGAGGAAUGAAAAGAACAUCAAACACUCAUUUAAUCACUGGACAGACAGCUUAAAUAACAUGUAAUGUGUUUGAAUAGCAGCUCAUGCCACUGACUGCCACUGACAGGAAGGCUUGUUUGGGUAUUUCAGCACUGGACAGCUCUCUCCGCGUGUCUCUUGUUCAUAAGCGCGUUUCUGGCAUGUGAGCCGGAAAAAUGACCAUGAGUCACAGCUGGUGGUGGCCACGAGCAGAGAGCAUGGCGUACUCUCCACAGCGUCCUCCUCACAGCCGCUAACGCCGAGCCUCGAGAGAUGAGCAUACCGGAGUUCCUGCUGGAAAUGUCAAUUGUGGUGAUAGCUGUUGUCUCGCUGUUGACAAACUUGUCAGUGCUGCUAUGUUUCACCCAGAGCGCCGAGUUAAGAUCCCAUGUGCCAGGCAUCUUCAUCCUAAACCUCUCCUUCUCCAACAUCCUCCUCACUGUCAUCAACAUGCCCGCCACGUUUCUCGGAGUGGCCAAAAGCGCGAAGCCCUUCGGGGACUUGUGCUGCCAAGCUGUCAGUUUUGCCGAGACUUUUCUCACCACUAAUGCAAUGUUGAGCAUGGCCGCGCUGAGCAUGGACAGGUGGGUAGCGGUGGUGUUUCCCCUCAGUUACUCCAGCAAGAUGCGCUACCGGGACGCUUUUCUGAUCGUGGCAUACUCCUGGCUGCAGUCUCUCACCUUCUCUCUGACCCAGAUGCUGAUGGACUGGGGAGGUUACAGCCACACGUACGCCUCGUGUACCGUUCACCUGGACGCGGAGGAGAGGUCGCAGCUGGCCGCCUAUGCGACUUUCACGGCGCUGUUCCACUGCAGCAGUUUUGCGCUCUGUCUCGUCGUGCUGUGCUUUGCCUACCUGAAGGUUUUGAGAGUGGCCAGAUCCCACUGCAAGAGGAUAGAUGUCAUCACAGUGCAGACUCUGCUUCUGUUGGUCGACAUUCACCCCAGUGUGAGGGAGAGGUGUCUAGCUGAACAGAAGAAGAGGAGGCAGCGAGCCACUAAAAAAAUCUGCAUCUUCAUUGGCUCCUUCAUCCUCUGCUUUUCACCUUAUGUGAUAACAAGGUUGGUGGAGUUGUUCCCCUCUGCGCACAUCCCCCGGUACUGGGGCAUCGCUGCCAAAUGUCUGUCCUAUGCCAAGACCUCCACCGACCCCUUUGUCUACUGUCUGCUGCGCCAGCAGUACAGGAAGGUCCUGGUUAGUAUCAUCAGCCGGGUUCUGAGACAGGAUCGCUACUCGCUGUCAGUUCACAGCACAAGCAGCACGCUGGACACCACAGACGACAACUGUGUUGCCAGAAUUACCUGAGCUUGAUGUGCAGAUAUUGAAAUGAUUUGACAUCUGCAUCCCUUCUGAAGAAAUGUCAGAGGUCAGGGGCAGCUCCACAGAAGGAAGAGAGUCAGUGUUUCUGUCUUUAGCACAGGGGAAGGCCACAGUACUCCUUAAGCCACAGAGUUGUUCACUGGGAGGAUUGUAA